GAAAAGAUGAAGAAGAAGAGUACUACAGUGAUGAGAAGAUUCCGGCGUCUUCAAGGGGAAUGCCAUGGCUUCUGAUGAAAAGCUAUCCUGGAUAAAGGCUCAGUACACCAAGUAUAUACCUCUCCUGAAGCGAUCGAAAGAUGACAUUGCCAGAUCAGGUCGCACUUCAUCUGAAACCUACUCAGGCCUGGAGGACAGAUGUGAAGACACCGGUGAAGAGGCCAUUCACCUUCCAGAAGAAGUGGCCAAUUUUAAGUCUCAGUCAAGUGUUUUAAGAUAUUUCAUACAUCUCAGCAAAAAUGAUGAAGAACAGAUUAACUUUCAAACAAUUGACAGUCUCCUUGCCCAAGGCGCCAAUGUGAAUGAAGUGGACAGACAUGGACAGACAGUGAUGCAUGAGGUAUGUAAAAGCUGGCACACUGAAGUUGCGCAAUUCCUGAUCAAAAGACAUGCUGAUAUAAACAAGCCAGAUCGGUAUGGAGUCACCCCGCUGCACGUGGCAGCUGCAAUGGAUUACCCAGACAUGAUCGCUUUUUUAUUAAAGCAAGGAGCGAACAUUAGCGCAGUAACCAAUGGGAAGCAAACACCGCUGCAUUACGCCGCCAAAUAUGAUGCAGUCCAUUCUUUGAAAGUUCUUCUGAAGCAUGAUGCAGACACCAAUGCCCGAGAUCACAAGCAACGUACAGCUCUGCACCUGGCCUCAGAAUUAGAUCGCAGUGAAGCGGCACGUCUAAUGUUAAACCUGAAAUGUGAUGCAAGUGUACAGGAUGAUACAGGACUGUCUUGCCUGACGAUGAUGGUAGUGAAUAUGCCUCCAGUGGCGACCCAGGCUUUGGAUCAAUUUCUUAUUAAGGAUCGUGCAAAUCGAAAGCAGCAUUUUUAUCUAAACCUUGUGGAGCCAUCAACCUCAGGUUUUAAAGAGACACAAGCCAAAUCUCCACUCGAAGUCAUUGUACAGUCCCGUCAGCUAGACAUUAUCAUGCAUCCAGUUAUCCAGAAAUUAAUUGAAGUAAAAUGGAGAUUUUUUGGCAGAAAGAAUAUCUCUAUAAUGCUGUCACUGAAUCUUCUAUUCAUCAUAUCGUGGACAGCUCUGGGAAUCGCAUCCUCGCUGCCAAGAACAGAGGAUGCCCCUUACAAAUUUCCAGAGGACGCUUGGAGGAUCAUUGUCAUUUGCAUAGCUCUGGGCUUGACAUUAUAUCAGAUUGUGGAGGAAUUUAAAGAAAUCUAUCAGUCAAAGGUCAAGAUGAAUCUAUGGAAAGAAUGGAGAAAAAAGGAGCUUGAGCGGGACUUCAAAUACUGCCAUCCAAUGUGGCCAGAGGAAAAGGAAUACUUGCAAAAGGGUAUAGACGACUUACAGGAUAUUCAGCCCGCUUACUUUAAGGAUUUCUGGAACGUCUUCGACUGGAUUGUGUACUUUCUACUCCUGGCUGUCAUCGUCACUCAUAUAGCUGACGUGAUUGUGCAAAACAAUGCAGAUCUACACGUUUCUCAUGUCCGAGUCUUUGCCGUCACUAUUAUCUUUAUCUGGCUGCGGCUGAUGAAACACGCUAGAGCCAUCCGUCUUCUUGGCCCGUUCAUAGUGAUGCUUGGAAAGAUUGUAACUGAUGUCCUAAAAUUCCUGUUUCUCUAUGGAGAAUUUUACAUUCCCUACGCCUGUGCAUUCUGGAUCAUUUUUGGAGGUAAAGUACACAACAUGGCCACCGUACCGCAGAUGCUGUUCACUAUAUUCCGCAUCACGCUGGUUGACGACUAUAACUUUGGAGACAUGUACGCUGUUGAUCCCGUCAUGGCCUACAUUCUAUGUGGAACAUUCUUAGGAGUUUCUUCCAUUCUCUGUAUCAACUUGCUCAUUGCACUUCUUGCCGAUACAUUUCAAAGGGUCUACGAUAAUGCCACAGCAAACGCAGUCAUGCAACAGGCAACUAUGCUGCUACAGAUAGAGGAAGGCCUCAGCAAGAAGAAUAAGUCCAAGUUUGAUCAGUACAUGCGUACCAGCUGCGCCCCGCUGUCUCUCUUCUAUGAUGAUGACCUCACUAUUGAUCAAGAUGAUGAUCUGAAAAAAGUCACCAUGCAUAUUAGGGAAGAAUUAGGGGAACUGAUGCAGCUCGUGAAAGAACAGAAGCUGAAGAACGAGUUGUCGGGCAUGCAGAAAAAGAGGAGUAACCAUGGAAACAUGAAAUCCAGCUCCAAACUGCAUCAGACCAAUAGCCUGCAGAGCAGGGUGAGGCUUCAGCCUCCAAGUUCAGAAAGUUCACAGUCAUUAUCGAUGCUGAUAGAAAAUCAGCAGGAACAGAGCACGGCUUUGGAACAGAUGAACCAGAGGCUUCGGUCUCUAGAAAGGAUGAUUCGUCACAGCCUGCAAGCUAAUGCUCCUCCAGGUUCUUCAUCUACAGCAGAUUGGGAACAAGUAAACAUACAGGCAGUCAGCAGGAUGUCAGGGGACAGGGAAUAUCAUCCAUCAACAGCAUGGCAAGUUGACGAGCCCAACAGUCAUGUGACAGUGGACAUCAUUGGCAGAACAGAUCAGUCAUCGCAAAAGAAUGAGUAAUACUUAUGUGUCUAUGUUGGACAUGACACGUGUUCUGGAGGAAUCGAGUGGUAAGAUCCCAUCUUGGUGGACAUUCAUAUAUCGCUACAGUCAGCCUUGUUCCUCCUGGAUUGAGCUUUUGCACACCCAUUUAUAUAAAACACGACUUGUGUUGGAAAUGUUGUUCCUCUGGUGUGACCUGAAGACAUUUCAACAUCUCGUUUAUGGAAUCCUGUUUCUGAAGGAAGGAGCCAUACUUCUCUCUACCUCUGUUUAUGGCCUGACCCCAUCACGGUGGAACCCAGCAGAUUCUGUGAAUGAAAAGCACUAAAUGGUCACCUCACAUGUCACUAUGAUAUUAACAAUUACUAUGGGAAUUACAGUGAGAGCACUUGUAGGUUCCCAUAAAUCAUAUACAUGGAUGGCUAUUGAAGGACCAUAAUUAGUGCAACUCUAUUGAAAAAGACAUAAUGUUGGAACCUCUACUGAUGUGACCUUAAAGGGGUAUUCUGGUUGUUAAAAGUCAUCCUCUAUCCACAGGAUAGGGGUAGGGAUCCUACCUCAGGUACCACCACCAAUCCCAAGAGUGGGUGCCCCGUACCCCUUUAGGCUAGGGUGGCUUCCAUGGGGCUGCUCUAUUCAUUUCUAUGGGAGUUCCGGAAAUAGCUGAGUGCUGUACUCGGCUAUCUUCAGAACUGCCAUAGAGAUGACUGGACCAACAGUACAUAUGCUCAGUUUGCCGCUCUGUUCAGACCCCCGCUGAUCUAAUAGUUAUCCCCUAUCUGAUAACUUUAAAACAACCGGAAUACCCCUUUAAGGGGUCACCACAAACAUUAAAGGGCUUUCCUACAUCCAAUGCUAAGUGUGUAAAUGUUACAUAUAUAAGAAUACACUGUGAGUAUGUGAAUAACUGUUCAGAUGGAGGAUGUAUGAAUACUUGUAUUGCAUGUUG